AUGCAAAACGCUUAUUUCAAAGACAAAGAUAAGCUGAAAAACGUGGCCAACAAUCCCCAUGCAGCGAAGACAACUCUCACUGAAUGGCUUCUUAAUAACCGCUACGAUGCGAGAGGCAGACACCUGUGCUAUAUUGAUUACAUUUUAGAAUAUCGAUGGGAUGCCUCUUACAAAUGUUGGAUUCGCAAAUCAUUCAGAACAAAACCUGCCACAGGAAGACUCAUUUACGUACAUCCAACAUGUGGUCAACUAUUUUACUUACUGAUGCUUUUAACACAUCAGCGAGGAUGUCAGACAUUUAAAGACAUUCGUAGAGUAAAUGGACAGGCAUGCACUACCUACCGGGACGCUUGUGAGAAACUAGGAUUAUUACAAGACGAUAAUGAGUGGUCCACUGCUAUUAAUGAGACUGCCUUUUGGGCAACAGCAUCAGAAUUGCGGACUUUGUUUACUCACAUGCUAUUAUAUUGUGAGGUUUCAAGCCCGGAGAAAAACUACGAUAGGCACACUCUUGGAACUGAACAUGCAUCAUUGAAACAACGCUUGAACAAUGAACAAUUGCAAAUUUAUGAUUACGUUACAAUAAGUUUAGAGACUAAUAAGCAGGUCCUAGCUUUUGUAUAUGGACAUGGCGGAACUGGAAAAACAUUUUUGUGGACAACAAUAAUUUCAGGUUUACGCUCUCAUGGGAGAAUUGUUUUAGCUGUUGCAGCUUCUGGAAUAGCAUCCUUACUACUCCCGUCUGGUAAAACUGCACAUUCAAGGUUCAAAAUUCCUCUAGACCUAACUGAUGAUUCUACUUGCAAUGUCAAGAAAAACACACAUCUGGCACAAUUACUUAUUGAAACUUCACUUAUUAUUUGGGAUGAAGCCCUGAUGAGUGAUAGAAAAUGCCUCGAAUCAUUAGAUAGGACUUUGAAUGACCUGAACAACGACGAUAGACCUUUUGGUGGUAAAUCUAAACUAUUAGGAGGUGAUAUCAGGCAGGCACUACCAGUGAAAUGCAACGUCUCAAAAGAAGCCAUCUUAGCGUCAUCAUUACCUAGAUCCUACUUAUGGAAUACAUUCCAGGUCUUCAAAUUAACUGAAAAUAUGCGUCUUCAAAGACCAGAUUUAGACCAACGGCAAAUAGCAGAAAUUUAUAACUUCUCUUCAUGGCUACUUGCAAUCGGAGAUGGUAACCUUGGUACACCUGAUAAAAACGAUCCUCAAAACACCAAGACAAUAGAAAUCCCAUCUAAUUACAUAAUACCUUUUCUCGAAAAAGCACUUACUGACCUUAUCCAUUUCAUAUAUGACGAUGACACCUUAUAG